AAAUAAAAAAUCAACAUAAAGAUAUUUAUUCAAAAGUUGAAAAUCAUCUCACCGGACAUCCUCAUCUUAUACCACGAAACAAUCCAAUUUUCAAACAAUAUUCAGAUCAUUUACUUGAUUAUCUUAAUCAAAGUUAUUUUACUCCAUUAUCAUAUAAAGAUCAAUUAAUAAGUCGUGAACAAGCACAAAUUCUUGGAUCAAUUCGACGAAUAAUUCAAAAUAUGAAUCUUAUUAUUCGUGUCACGGACAAAGGAAAUAAUUUUGGUAUUGGUUCGGCAAAUGAUUUUGAAAAAAAAGCUCAAAAAUUUUUCUCUGAUACAAAUGCUUUUAUAGAAUUAUCUUCCAAUCCAUUCAAUGAAAUAUUAGAUAAAGUUAUACAAUUACUCAAUACACUUCGUGGAAAAAUUUUUAUUCGUAAAUGGCAAUACCCAAGCAGACAAAAAUUUCGAAAAACGCGUUUAAACGCAACAAAACAGGGUUUUCUGUGCGUCCGCACGCGUAAAAAAAAAGUGGUCGUGUAA